UAUCCAGUGUAGUUUAGAGUUGUUUUUACGGUGUUAAAUUAUCAGAGUUAAAAAGUGUUGAUUCUGGUGUUAAUUUGAAUGGCAUCAACACUUGCAGAGUAACUCAGUGGUCGGAGUCAGCGUAAUUACAGCGAGUUGACAUAAUUGACACUGGUGAUGAGUUGAUCCGAUUUCCGGUUCUUGCACCUACUUCCUUUUUGAUUAAUGGCGGACGACCACGAGGAGAGGAAUAUUCAAACAGAACACGAGAGACCACCGAUCCGACCUCGAGGACGUUUUGUUAGUUCGCUGGCAAAUUGAGGUAAGACUUGUAUAGUUUAUGGUAGUUAGUAGUUUUAACCUUAUGUUCUAGAAUCUGGGAUAGAUAACGGCAUACUUUCUUUGAUUUUGUUUAACGUUCACUGCAAAUAACACAUAACCCCUUGGGGCUCGUUUUUUGCUUAGCCAAAAUAAGGCAUUGUGAAUGCAUUUUUAUGUCCAAUAUUUUAGUAGACUUGUCCCACAAAUAAUCUCUGACUGUUAAAGUAUGCUGCAGUAACGGUGCGAAUCUAUUUUUUAUUUAUUUUUAUUUUUUUUACGUGAACCUUGAACGCGCCGCUUCGGUUGUCUGGUAUUUUUAUAGCGUUUACUCUGAUCUACAAGUUAAAAGGCAACGGAGAUAAGCUAUCAGAUAACUAUAAGCGUUUUGCCUAACUUUCUGCCGGUGUACUCUAUAUGAACUGUUUGCUCAUUUGACACGCGUUUUUGACGCGCGCUUUUGACGCGCGCUUCAUCUGCUGUCAAUGUUACAUUACAUGAAAGUAGAUAAGAAUACAUAUUUGCUGCAACUUCACUUUCUUUCAUCAUGCUGGUUAAAGUUCAGUAUCAGGCAAGGUGUAAAUUUGUGAAAUUGCUCCGCGAUCGUACGUUUCAAGAUUUUCUAAAUGAAGUUAAAAGCAAAUUUGGUUUGGCAACAAAAGCAGCUCUUCAAGUCUUUGACACCGACACCAAUGUGGAAGAGGACAUCCUCCAUGAACUGAUCGAAGUCAGUCCAUAUUUAUGCCAAACUGUAAGAUGUUCUGAAGAAAAUAUUACUGCUGGUUUGUCUGAUGAGUUUUCACCCACAAGAUCCUCAACCCCAGCACAUGCACUGAUACUCUUUCAAUGUCAACUGACCAUGAAGACGACCGAGAGAGCAGUGCAAAAUCAAACAGCAAUCUGGUCAGCAACACUUAGCACAGACGCCGAAAAUUCUGAACGGGAAUUUGCUAUGCUGUUCAAUGCUGAAACAUCCAUCAUGUUUCCUAAGAGGUGGGAGACGGCAUUCAAGCAAAAUAUCAUCAACGAAGCCAAGUCUAUUACUUCAACAGCAGAAAUGCGAUGUCUUCUCAAUGCAGCAGGUGGACAAGAAUCUGAAAACGAUUGGGACAGUGACAUGUCAUCUGUUCUGCUGCUGUUGCAUCUUCUGCCUCCUCUGAGGAAGAAGACCUUCCAACAGAGGCUGUUGACAGACUUGUGCAUUUCCAUAAGCCUUGCACCAGUAUUGAAGGCCUUCUCAGUGGGAGGGAGGACCACCAGGCAUUUCUUCUGGGAUCAGGAAGGAUCAAGGGCAGGAUUGACCACUUUUACGUCGCUGUAGACAAGUGCCUUACCCCUUGUUCUGGAGUGCCUAACCAGCUCCUUAAGUGCCUUUGAACUUUGUUCACUAUGUCUUCAACUUAAGAGGAAGCCCUGGUCAACUUCUUCACCUUCAGGCCACAGUGAGUCUCCGAGAGUCUGUAUUUUAUUGUCGACAAACUUUUCACAGAACAUUUUUCAGAACAUUAUCAUGCAUUUAAAGUACAGAGACUGUGAGUUGAUUGAACUUGUGAAAGCCAACAGCUUGAAGUUAAACUGGCCUUUUGAUCUGCAGUGUUUUGGGUAGAUGAUGGUGAAUGUUAAUGGCGAAUGUUGUUUGUGCUGGUGUAAUUGCUGCAUCUGUUAAAUAAAAUUUCAAACUGA